CAAAUUUGAGCCAUUUUUAUCUAGCCAUUUGAUACCACCAUCAUCUUCUUCAUUUCUGGUUAGAUUGUCAGGUUACAAAGGAAGUACACCCUAGACUUAUUUGUUUGUGCUGCAUUUUGGUCAAGAUACUCACUUUAGUGAAUGGUCAAGCUCAGCCAAAGAUCAGGCCAAGAGAUACACUGUGAUGGCCACUUCACAGUACAAACACCUUGAUGUUGGCUUCUUGUUGAGCGAGGAGAGGUCACACUAGAGCUGAACUUUCUUGCCUGAGGGGUCAAGUCAUCUCAGUGAAGCGUGGAGAAGAUCCUAGACAUCUUUUGGCGUCGAGCACGGCGUGGCAAGGCUGUGGCCACGCGGUGACCAUGGGUAGAGCGUGCCAACCCGGAGCUCUAUGCACUGGAGUCUUCGGGAGGGCACCUCCAGUGGGUGCUAGCUCGUUCUGGAGUGCCGGAAAGUUGCCCACCGCACACGUGCACCCUCUAGAGUCCUCUCCCCCUCGUCCCUUAGCUCCAGGAGGCGUCUGCCGGCAUGGAUGCUCCACCGGAGCUCCGCCAUGACAGCCAGCGUCGGGCAGCUUCUCCCACAUCGUCUAGUCCCUCCACUCUGCUAUUUAUGCGUGCCCUGAGCCCCUCCCUACGACAAGUAAGCCCUCCAGCCCCUGCCCAAGCCCUCGGGGCUCCCCACUGCCCCAUGGCCGAAGCAGCCGCCGUCGUACCCCCAUGGCGAUGUCAGCUCCAGAGCUCUCCCCCUCUCCUCUACCCAUGGACAGAGCAUCCCCAAGCUCUGGUGAAGCCGCCGCCAUUCUUCAUUUCUCCAGGGAAGCCCCGCUGCACCAGCACCGCGGGCGCCCGUCGGCCACCGCGUCCCAUCUAGCAGCGACGACGCUGCGGUCCGCCUCCAGCGAUCCCAUGACCGCCUCCGAGCACGACGAGGAGCGGCGGAGCCCCUGCACCUUCCGGCCGGCCGUCCCUCGCGGCGGAACAACGGCAGCCACGGCGGCCGGCGAUCUCCCCUGCCUCUGUGUCGCGUUGGAGAAGAAGACAGGAGGAGGAGAGAGGAGAUAAGGCAGGGCCCACUCGUCAGCUGGAGAGAGAAUAGUCAACCCGGGCCCGCGCGUUUUUAAAAGGAAACGUAUUUUUAUAAAUACACUUUCCCAGUUGGAAAGCGUACUUUGGCCGGAGGCGCUUUCUGUUUUAGCCCCAGGGACCUGCUUGUAGCAAUUCUUUUUACAGAUUGGUCCCUGGUGCUCUAACACUCAUAACUUCGCGACCGUAACCCCGAUUGAGGUAAAAGCAACGCCCACUCCUUCGUAUCUUCCAGCCCGUCAUGAUGAUACCAUUUCCAUACUGAUUUCACAACGUUGAAAUUGACCAUUUUGCCCUUGCCCUCCGAUUGAGCCCUCCGAGAAGGAAACUUCUCCGGCAAAUCUUUCCUGCGUGUAUUGCGCUUCUUCCCGGCGUAUUCAUCGAC